AGAGAAUACCUAUUUCUGAGUGGGACUGUCCAACGCUAUGGGAGUUCGCUGUGCCGGCAGUCGGCAUCGGCUCAGUUGCAACCAGAACGUACAACGAGAAACAUCACUAUGGCUGAUAUUUCCAAGGACGAUCUUCGCAAAGAAAUCACCGCCAUCCUCAAGGAUGCUGAUCUCUCAACAAUGUCUGCCAAGAAAGUUAGACAACAAAUUGAAGAGAAAUUGGACAUUGACCUUUCUGAAAGGAAAAAGGAAGUGGACGAUUUAGUUAUGGAAUGCUUGCAAGAGAAAGACGACGGUGGCAAGAAGAAGAAGAAGGCCGCCAGUGAGGAGUCUGAAGAUGGCGAAGAAGAGGAAGAUGAAGCCUCCGAGGAGGAAGAGGAAGAGGAGGAGAAGAAGCCCGCCAAGAGAGGUCCUCCCAAAAAGGCAGCUAACAAACGCAAGAAGGGAUCAUCUGACGAUGAGGAGAGUGCAAGUGACGAAGACGCUAGUGACGAGGAAUAUAGUCCAAAGAAGGGCAAACCUUCUCCUAAAAAAGGAAAAACAGCUAAGAAGGGAAAGAAGAAGGGAAGCGACAGCGACAGUGAUGAGGAUUGGGGAAAGAACAAAAAGUCUGGUGGAGGUGGUGGUGGUGGCGGCGGCGGCGGUGCUGCUGCGAAAAAGGGAGCCAAGGGUAAAGGUGGUGGUGGAUAUACCCGGCCAAUCACGCUCUCACCAGAAUUGGCUGCCAUUGUCGGUGCCGAGGAAAUGGCUAGACACCAAGUUGUUAAAAAGGUCUGGAGCAUCAUCAAAGAGAGAAAUCUCUACGAUCCCAAGAACAAGCAAUUCGCCAUCUGUGACGAUGAGUUGAUGAAGGUAAUAGGAGUGAAACGUUUCAGGACCUUCGGUAUGAUGAAGUACCUCAAAAAUCACUUCGUAGAUUAAAUCAGUAGAUUAAGUCAGUCUCCGACAAAUUAAAUUGUACAACUUAAUUCCGCGAUGCGAUUCCGCAAUUAUAAUAUCUGGCAGUAAAGUAUCUCGCGGAUAAUCCCAUUCACAUAUACACACACACCUCUUUUACAAGUUUUGAUGAAAUCCGUUUGUGCGAUUGAUUUUUGCCCAUCAUUCACUACAAACGGUUUUUUUUUAUAUCUUCACUCUUUCUCUCUUUCUCUUUGACCGACGUUUAUUUUUUAUCAAACUUGCAUUUGAAACGUUUCGAUUGUGUAUGGUACGCCACUCGCGACAUCCCUUUUUUUCUACUUUUUAAAAUGAGUCAAAUCUUUAAACGCUGCACCAGUUGCUUUUUUUUAUUUAAAGACAAAAAAAAGAUUUGACGAGUUUUGAAUUUAUUUUGUAUAAAUGGUUUUGUUUGUUUCUUGAUAUCUGAAUUUUGGUGCGAUGAAUUUUAAUUCUUUGAUAAACUUUUUUUCAAAUGUUGAUAAUUUUUUUUUACAUACAUUUGUCGUACUGAAUGUUCUUUUACAACUGAUUAUUAUGAAGUUGAAGAUGAUAAUGAAAAAUGUAAUGGUUUUUGAGAAAAUGAAAGCGGAAUCCUGAAAUCAUGCAGAAAAGUGAUUACAUUGAAGAAGAUAAUUCUUUUUAUCUUUUUUGUAUAAUAGUUACAGUGGCACACUGAAAUUACAACUAAGCGAGGAUUAAUUGUAUUAACAUGUAAUUACUAAUUAUUGUCGUAAAGUAGGUUUUUUCGGUGUAAAAAAUUUACCUAAGGAUUUAAGGCUUAGUACUGAAGUGGUUGUUUCUCGGUACAAAGUUAUCGAAUUAAAAGUGCGAGUUUUGUCUGCACUUCAACUUGUGUAGAACUUGUGUCGUUUCAGAUAUAAAUUUUACUUUUAAGUUUUUGCCUAAAUUCAAUGAGUGUCACGGGCAUCAAUGGUAAAUAUUAAACAUUAACAAAAAGAAUUAUUAAAGUCGAUCUUUUUUUUAAAAACAAAAACAAACAAAAAACCCUUUUAUCGAAUUUUUUCAAUUUCAAUCAAUAUUUAAAAAAGUUGACGAAAUUUCAAGUUUUAAUGAAAUUUUACAGAUGCAUGUAAAAUUGCAUCGCUCUCUAUUUAAAGUAAAAUUUUAUCCUAUCACAAAUGAAGAUAAAGGGUUUUUGGAAACAAUAUUUCAUGAAAGAAGAAAUAAAAGUCAUUAGUUAUAUUUUGUCAACAUUUGGUAAACAUAUAUAUAUAUAUGCGUAUCAAAAUAAUUAGUUCUUCAGUUUAGUUACAUAUCUUCAAAAUUUUUGAGUAUUAUGUAUGAAAUAUGUUUACUCUAAAUACAUAGUAACCAUAGCCUCGUAAAAAUAAACUCUUAAAAAUUUUAUGUUCUCUAUACAAAAAAUUAUGCAUUUUACAAUUACAAAUCUGUAUAUUGUUCAUGAGUGUACUUGAUUUUUGUGUCUUAUUAAAGUCAUUGCUUUCAUUUUUUUAA